AUGAAAGUUUCCAUCAUGAAGGAAUAUCUCUCGACGGCCACCGCUGUCUUGCCCGCGCUGCGCAUCCCUCAGUCUCUGACCUUCCAGGAUCUGAACAGCUUGGAUAAAACUCUGAGUGAGAUGCUCUUGGCGAAAAACCGAUAUCCAUUACCGAAUGCCGGCCACAGCUCACCGCCACGCGAGGUUGACAGGCUCGUGGCACCACCACCGAGCCCAGUCUCCUUCGAACGGCAGCAACCUAGAUGCUGCCUUUGA